UUUUGGUAGAUCUUUUAUCUUUUUUUCUCUGCUCUCAGCUUGGGAAAACAAAGCAACAAGCUCUAACAUGGCUCUCGCUGGUAUCCUGACUGAUGCUGAAAUUACCACUGGCCUACAGAGCUGUCAAGCUGCAGAUACCUUUAAUUACAAAACCUUUUUUGCCAAAGUGGGUCUGAACUCCAAGUCAAAAGACCAGCUGGCCAAAGUUUUUGGGAUCCUAGACCAGGACAGGAGUGGCUUUAUUGAGGAAGAUGAACUGAAACUUUUCCUGCAGAAUUUCUCUGCCAGUGCUAGAGCUCUCACUGAUGCUGAGACCAAGGCUUUCCUGGCAGCGGGUGACAGUGAUGGAGAUGGUAAAAUUGGAGUGGAUGAGUUCCAGGCCCUGGUUAAAUCUUAAAGAGGAUUCAAAAUGAAGACCAAGCUAACUGUACUGUAAACAAUCUUUCUUAUUGCAAAUCUACUAUUUAUUUAUGCAUUUUAUACAACGACAAUGGCAUUAACAGUUGCCAGUAUAUUCUUUCUUACUGGAAAAUGUGUGAACUUGCUAUGCACUAUCUGAACGUUACUGUCUGCUGUCUUCAUUAAAAGGAAGCUACAUCACUGGAAACUAGUCUGAUAAUUAAAAUAAUUUGUAGACUUUGUGGUUUUCUUUCAGUAGCUGAAAGUAAAAUAUAUAACAAAUGUGUAAUUUAAAAUGUCUCUAUGAGUUUUUCUUUAAUAUUUCCCCCCAAAAAUGUGACUUUCAAUGAUAGUCCAUGAAGCCAAAAGGGCAAGCCUCAUUUGUAUACCCAACUACCAUUUACCUUAAAUAACUGGUUUAAUAAAAUUCAUGGAUCUGCAAGUUGGGUGCAUAUUGCAGGGAAAGGGGGCUUCAUGAUCAAGGUGUUUUGAGGCCAUUUUUACUUAUGUGACUAUAUUGUUCUGUUAACAUGCUCAAUAAGAAAAUGCUAGCAAAAUAUGCUAAAUCUGUCAAGACUCUUAGCUUAUAGUGAUGUCUCAUGUACAGACAUGGUAGGAUCUGGCUCUGCACAAGUUACUCAUUUCCUUUAACAUAAAAUCAGCUGAAUCCAGUGUGCUUCUGCUAUAGCAAUAACAUUGAAACAAACACUGUGGGGUUUGAGGAAUAUGGGUUCUUUGAGGAAUAACCUACCUGCAUGCCCACCUGA